AUGAGUACUUCGCAAGAUGGUCUAUACCAACCUAUGCUACAAAACAACCCACCAUCCUUGUCACCACAUUCAUCAGAACAGCAGAAUGAAUUUUCCAGCGAUCAGCUCGAAAGUAUAUUAGCUGAUAGAGAGGUGCCAUUUCAGAGGCGUCUCCGGCCGGCGACGUGGAUUGAACUGAAGCUACUCUUCCACCUUGCUGCUCCAGCGGUGGCUGUUUACAUGAUCAAUUACCUGAUGUCUAUGUCCACCCAAAUCUUCUCUGGUCAUCUUGGUAAUCUUGAGCUUGCUGCUGCCUCCCUUGGCAACACUGGCAUCCAAACAUUUGCUUAUGGUCUCAUGCUAGGUAUGGCAAGUGCCGUAGAAACACUAUGUGGACAAGCAUAUGGAGCAAAAAAAUUCGAAAUGCUAGGCAUUUAUCUACAAAGAUCGACAAUCCUACUCACAGCAUCCGGUGUCCUACUCACUUUCAUCUAUAUUUUCUCCAAACCCAUCCUCAUACUACUCGGCGAAUCGCCGGAAAUUGCAUCGGCGGCUGCUGUAUUCGUCUACGGCCUAAUUCCUCAAAUAUUCGCAUAUGCCGUGAACUUCCCUAUACAAAAAUAUCUACAAGCUCAAAGCAUUGUGGCACCAAGUGCUUAUAUCUCAACAGUCACAUUAGUCCUACAUAUGGUCCUGAGUUGGUUGGCUGUAUAUAAGUUUGGACUUGGGUUGUUGGGAGCUUCAGCUGUGUUGAGCCUGUCGUGGUGGAUAAUUGUGGUGGCUCAGUUUAUGUACAUAGUGACAAGUGAGAGGUGCAAGAAGACAUGGGGUGGGUUUAGUUUUCAGGCAUUUUCUGGGCUGCCGGGGUUCUUUAAACUGUCGGCGGCGUCCGCGUUGAUGUUGUGCUUGGAGAGUUGGUACUUUCAGAUCUUGGUUCUGUUGGCUGGGUUACUGGAUAAUCCUGAGUUGUCUUUGGAUGCUCUCUCUAUUUGCAUGACGAUUUCUGGAUGGGUGUUCACGAUAUCACUUGGUCUCAAUGCAGCCGCAAGUGUAAGAGUAAGCAAUGAGCUAGGAGCUGGGCAUCCGAAGUCUGCUGCAUUCUCCGUUGUGAUUGUGACUUUAAUCUCUUUCCUUAUCUCGGUGAUAGCAGCCAUAGUCGUGCUUGCAUUUCGCCACGUCAUCAGCUAUGCGUUCACAGAAGGAGAAGUUGUGUCCAAUGCCGUCUCAGAUCUCAGUCCUCUCCUUGCCCUUACCUUACUUCUCAACGGUGUCCAACCUGUCUUAUCUGGUGUGGCUGUUGGGUGUGGAUGGCAAACUUUCGUUGCAUACGUCAACGUGAGCUGUUAUUAUGUGGUUGGAGUCCCAUUGGGUUCCUUCCUUGGUUUUUACUUGAAACUUGGCGCGAAGGGAAUAUGGUCCGGGAUGAUUGGUGGCACAAUAAUGCAAACCAUGAUUUUAGUUUGGAUCACAUUUCGAACAGACUGGAAUAGAGAGGUGGAACAAGCAAUGAAGAGAUUGUAUAAGUGGGAAUGUGAGAAAGAACAACCCUGGAAGAGCUAAAAGAUGCUUAUUUUUGAUCUUCCUCAAUGCUAAGGCCACCUUACUUGCCCCCAAUGAGCAACUAAGAUAUGAAAAACUAUAGAGAAACUAUUAAUGUAAUCGACAAUUAAUGACUCUUGAGUGUUACAUAUAUGUUUGAUCUUUCUUUUUUCUAUCUUUGGUCAUUCUCUUUAAGUUCAUUAAUUGUCGAUUUCUAAAUUUUCUGUUGUGCUACAUUUGUCAUAUAUAAGUUGGUGCACACGCGCGUUACACGUGG